UCAAACAAACAGUGGAACGGAACCGAAGCCGGUGCGGGGAGUUUAGUUGCCGGCAUUACAUCGGAAUCUCAAAAGCAUAAGCAGCGGGUUACUACUUCCUAUUAAGUGUAGAUGGCGGUCUUUCUAGGAAUUGUUUGUCCUCCUCCCUAUACACUUCUCUCUAUCGCCCGUUCCACCCGCCAAUUUUCCUUCACCAAUAACAAGUCAAUCUUAAUAUCAAAGCAAGGGGUUUCUCAAUUCAAACGCGUCCUCACAGCUUCUCUUCACUCUAGUACUGCAAGUUCUCAAACUGGAACUGAGGUAUCUACACACAAAUCUGAAAUAAUAUUUAUAGGAACAGGAACAAGUGAAGGAAUUCCACGUGUGAGCUGCCUCACUAAUCCCUUGAAGACAUGCCCUGUGUGCGCAAAAGCUAAUGAACCGGGUAACAGAAAUAGGAGACUGAACACCGGCAUCCUUAUUCGUCACACCAGGCCCUCUGGAAACUGUAACAUCCUUAUCGAUGUUGGCAAGUUCUUCUACCAUAGUGCUCUGAGAUGGUUUCCUGCAUAUGGGAUAAGAACAGUUGACGCGGUCAUUAUAACUCAUUCUCAUGCUGAUGCAAUUGGAGGUUUGGAUGAUCUUCGCGAUUGGACUAACAAUGUCCAACCUUCCAUUCCUAUUUAUGUGGCCAGUCGUGACUUUGAGGUGAUGAAGAAAACCCACUAUUAUUUGGUAGACAAAAGUGGUAUCAUACCGGGAGCUGCAGUCUCAGAGUUGCAAUUUAACAUCAUAAAGGAAGAUCCAUUCAUUGUACACGAUCUUGAGCAGAUAAUUCCUUUGCCGGUGUGGCAUGGCUCUGGUUAUCGUUCUUUAGGCUUUCGAUUUGGGGAUACCUGUUAUAUCAGUGAUGUAAGCGAUAUACCAGAAGAAACUUACCCACUUCUAAAGGAUUGUGAACUCCUUAUCAUGGAUGCUUUGCGGCCAGAUAGAUCAUCCUCCACACACUUUGGACUUCCAAGGGCUCUGGAGGAAGUGCGGAAAAUCAAACCGAAACGAACACUUUUCACUGGCAUGAUGCAUCUCAUGGAUCAUGAAGUAGUAAAUGAAAGGCUACUGAAACUAAGGGAGACGGAAGGUAUUGAUGUGCAGCUUAGCUACGAUGGGCUUCGAGUGCCAGUGAGCUUGUAGGCUUUUAGGUCUUACUCGACAAACCUGGCUAUUCUUUCUGAAUAAAUCGAUCAUUCAGGAGUUUGCAUCACAAUUUUUGGGGCUGAUGUGAAGUCUCGCCAAUUCGUGCCUAUGAAUAUCAUAUUUUAGUUUCAAUGGUAUAGCAGGACAACAGUUGGCCUUUGCUUACCAAAACAAUUUACAAGCACAAAUUGGAGAUGUUACUUGUAUCGAAAGAUUGAUUUAGGAUUUUUAAGUCUAUCGGGAGCAAUAUACAUUUGCAUCCAAUGGAUGCCGAACACAUUAACUUCAAAUCAUGGCUCCGCCUCUUCAUAAUUUGGAAUUCCUUCAUAUU